CCUUCUAAAGUAAACGUAACUGUUGCUGAACUAUCAGCCUCGAAAGACAUACCGGCAGACUAGCAGUCCACUGCCGACGACCACCGAACGACGCGCGGUAAACAUAAAUGAUUUCCGUAAACAUGUGACAUGUGCGUGUGUAAAUUUUGCCGUUUUUUUCUUAAAAAUUAUAACCGAGUUUUGUUUUAUUUUUGCCCUAUUUAGAAAAUAAGGAAUUUAACUUUAUACAUAUCAUAGUAGUUUAUGAGGUUCUCGAGGAUGAACCUACCAGUCGUUUCCUUAUUUAUACUGAUAUUAGCUAUCACUUGUUCUACUCAUAUUAAUGGUUGUCAAUUCUACCCAAUUAACGAACACUUUCGGUUUGUUCGUUUACCAGAAAAUUUACCGGUUGGAUCAGAAGUGUUACAAGUUGAAGUGUACCCAAGACGAAGCCUUAGUUUACAGCCAGUAGAUAAUAAUGACGAUGUAUCCUAUUUUAAAUUUCGUACAAUUAAUAGAACUACGAUAUCAUUAAGAUUGGCAAAAUCGUUGGAUGACUUAGUAGAUCGUCCAAAACCAGUAGACAAAAUCAAAGUAAAACUUGUGUGUGGGGUCGAUGAUGAUUCAUCUAAUGCUUCAAUAAUGAUAACUGUACAAAUAGAUGAUAUAAAUGAUAAUAACCCAUUCUUCAUCGGUGUACCUUACAGCGCUGAGAUUUCUGAAUCUAUACCUAUUGGCACUACUGUAGUAAAAAAUAUAAGAGCUUUAGAUGCAGACAAGCCAUUUACUCCUAACUCGGAUGUUCGUUACUUAAUCGCAGCUUCAAAAUAUCAAGCUAAAUUUUCUUUAGUGAUGGAUGCUGAUGGGUCAGCUUCAAUCAUACUAAAAGAACCAUUAAGCUAUGAUAGUGGAGAUGAACAGUUUUUAUUAGAUAUUUAUGCCAAAGAUGAAGGGAUACCGCCGAAAAAUACUAGUACAACAGUAGAUGUUAGAAUUAAACGUGAUGAAUCAAGGAUGUUAAAAUUUACUAGUGAAGUAUAUCAUGGUCAGUUCAAAGAACAUUUUCCAAUUACGGGUAAAAGAAUCAUUCAAGAGAUAUUAUUUAAUCCGUCAAUACAAGCAUAUUAUGGUAAUCAUGCAUUGAUUUCUACUGUAAGAUACGCUCUAGUAUCUGAUUUUGAUGAUGACAUAUUUCACAUUGACCCGAUGAGUGGUAAAAUAUACCUUAACAAAGAAAUUGACGCUGACCUAUUACCAUCAAAUAUAUUUUUACUAAAGAUACAAGCUGUGGACAUUAACAACCCCUCGAAGAAAGCAUAUGCUGAAGUAGAAAUCGAAGUUACUGACGUUAAUGAUAAUCAACCAAAAUUUGAAUUAGACGCAUAUAAUGUGAGUUUGUAUGAACAUGUUCCCAAUGGAUAUAACGUAAUUAGAGUAGUAGCUACCGAUCUCGAUCAAGGAGAUAAUGGAGAAUUUGUUUAUCAUUUGGUCGAUCCCAGUCAAGCAUUUACAAUUGAUGGAAAGACGGGAUGGAUAAGUGUUCGUAAUCAUACAAAGUUGGACCGUGAACAAAAAUCUAGCUUCUCCCUUCGUGUAUACGCUAGAGAAAAAAUACCUUUUGUUAUGCAACAAAAAGAAAAUAGUGAUGCAUUUGUUAGUGUGGAAGUGACACUUCUUGACAUAAAUGAUAAUAGUCCAGUUUUUGUCCCAAAGAAUCAAUAUUCUUUUACUUCCCGAGCAAAUAAUCCAGCAAAAGUCACAAUUGGAAAGGUUCAAGCUAUUGAUCCGGACGAUGGGGUGAAUGGCCGUAUAGUUUAUAGAAUUCCAUAUAUUGCAAAUAACGAUUCAGAUAUAUUUGCUAUAAAUUCAGAUACUGGAGAAGUUUUCUCCAAUGUCUCUCCAUUAAUACCUGGAAAACAUACGGUAAUAGUAAAUGCGUCAGAUCAACCAAUAGAUCCAAGUGAAACAAGAUAUGCUUUAGCUGUGGUUACUGUUACUAUUUUGGAAGAAGAAAUUACUAAUCCUGAUUUUGUUAAUGCACCAUACGAGUUUUGGGUUGGCAGUGAUGUGCCUGUUGGUACUAGCGUUGGUCAAAUAAGAACUCUUUCUGAUAAUUCUCAAAUAGACUAUGACUUAUUACAUACAUACAAAGAAGGAGUGCCAUUUGCUGUAGAAGAAAAAAGUGGAACCAUAUCAGUAGUAGACGCUAUAUCCAAUUUUGAAAGAACCGAUUACAAGUUUGAAGCUGUAGCUACAGAUCAUAAACACAUGACAAUUACUACCAAUGUCACAAUUCACAUAGUUUAUUCAGAUUCCAGCCAAACCCUCACCAAAACUGUAGACCCCAUAAAUAUAGUCUUUAAAGUCCGAGAAAAUUUACCAGGAAUAGCUGUAGGACGACUUUGGAGUGCCGAUUUAUCAAAUUCAUCGAUAUUAUCUAAGCCUAAAUUUAUAGUUGCUGAUCCGGAUGACGGGGAGUUGUUUACCGUGUCAGAAGAAGGAGUAUUAUACACAAAAUCUGGCCUAGAUAGGGAAACAAAAGAAAAUUAUAAGCUCACUGUCAUAGCAGACCGAAAAACUAAAACUGGUAUACACCAUGCCACAAUAUUCCAAGUUCGAGUUAUAGUUGAUGAUGAAAAUGAUUGCGCACCCGAAUUUCAAAAAUCUAAUUACGAGGGUUCAGUGUUAGAAAAUAGUCCAAUUGGUACUUCUGUUUCAUUAAAUGUUCCAGUGAAAGUUUCAGAUCGAGAUUUCGGAGCAAAUUCUAUAUACUCAUUGAUCUUACAAGGACAAGGUCAUGAAAUGUUUUCUAUUAAUAAAGAUUCAGGGUCAGUUUUUAUUUCAAAAAGUAUUCUUGAUAGAGAACUUAAAAAUAUUUAUAAUUUAAAAAUUGUGGCUACGGAUAGAGGUAAUUUGUCUUCAGAGGCAAAUCUCACUAUACAUGUAACUGACGUUAAUGAUAAUGUUCCUUCGAUCUCCCGUAUUAAUGUAUACCCUAAUGAAAAACUUCAUAUUGCUGUUAAUCCCGCAUCAAAUAUUACUGUUACAAUGGGGGAGUAUAUUGUACCACAUCGUAUGGAAAAUUCAUCAGCUACACUAGCUGUAUGGUUACCGGAUACCAUACAACCUGGUUCACCUUUAUUAGCUGUUAAUGCUGAAGACUUUGAUUCUAAUGGUUCAACAAUUACUUACAAGUUAGCUAAAAGUGGAAUGGAAUUUGCCAUUCAUCCUAUUUCAGGCCAGCUCUCUGUAGUCAGUCAACUAAAAAUUGGAGAACAAGAGUUAAAUAUCACCGCAGAAGAUGAAGAUAGGUUACUAACUUGGGUUACAAUAGUAUUACAUGUUGAAGAAGAUCAUUUGUUUGAAAAAAAAAUUUUUGAAUUUUGGGUACCAGAGGGUUUUUAUAAACAUCAUGAAGUUGGUUGUUUAGCUAUAAAAGAAACUGCAGUAAUUUUCUCAAUAUCAGGAAGAAAUUAUCGAAAUCCAAAUUUUGAAGUUAGUAGUAGAGGUUGUUUGAUAGUGACCGGUGAAUUAGACAGAGAAACUAGAGACUCUUUUGAUUUACUACUAUCGGGAAAAAGAACAUCAGGUGGAACGCCAUCAACUGUAGAUAUAAUCGUUAAAGUUCUAGAUAUAAAUGAUAAUCCACCACAAUUUAGAAAUCAUCACAGAGUUAGAAAAUUGUCCGCCAAUGAAAUUGGACUUCAAGGAUUUGAGGGAGAUUUGACUGUGCCAGUAUAUGAAACCACGUUAGCUGAAGCUGGUUCGACGGGAACUGUUGUAACACGAAUUGUAGCAGAAGAUCCAGAUGGCAUAGAAGGAGGAAAUUCUGAAGUUGAGUAUAGUUUAUUUGGAUUUGGGGCACAAUAUUUUGACAUAGAUGUAAAAUCGGGAGUGGUAACUUUGAAGAACGCGCUUACUAGUGGAAUUUACAAUGUCACAGUAAUUGCGUAUGACUCGGGUACACCAAGAAAAGAUAAUGCUGCUCUUUUAAUUGUAAGUGUAGCUGAUAAGAAUUUAGAAACCGAAGAAUCAAUUUUUGAGAUUAGACAUUUUGAGUUGGAAGUUGAAGAAAAUUGCUUGGUGCCCUUGGAAAUUUUAAAACUUAAUGUAACUCCACGUUAUCGACGGUUUGCUUCUUCCAUCAUCUAUUCUAUCGUUCCUUCGGAGAAUAGUGAAAGUUUUGAAAUUGAUCCUAAACAUGGAAAUGUGUACAUCAUUGAAAGUCCAGACAGAGAAAUUACUCCGACGUUAACGGUUGUAAUACAAGUUGAAGUUACAACAAGAAAAGGAAAAUCUGCUUAUACAGGUUAUUCAUUAGUUCAAGAUUUAGCUCCAAAUGAAGCUCGUAUAGUAGUAAAAAUAUUAGAUCAAAAUGAUAAUUCUCCAGUGUUUAUUAACGGAACCAGACCAGUCAUUGCUGCUGUAACUCCAUCUACAAGCUUCGGUACACCAAUUGUAAAAGUUCAAGCAGAAGAUUUAGAUAUUGGAAUUAAUUCUGACAUACGCUAUGAACUCGUAGGUACUACAACAGAAAAUAAAUAUUUUUCAGUUGAUUCAUACUCUGGAAUUAUUCGUACCAUUAGUGGAUUAGGCAAAUACGUUAAUAAUUCUGUGUUAGGCUUUGAUGUUAGAGCAGUGGAUAAAAGUGGAGCACCUGAUGGCCGAUCAGCAAUAACUAAUGUUUUAAUUUAUGUAUUGGAUGACCGAAAAUUAGUCACUAUGGCUAUGGCAAUGCAACCUUCUUUAGUAGAAAAAUAUUCUGAACUUAUAACGAAUUCAGUGACUAAUAUUACGGGCUGUAUGAUUAAAAUUUGGAAAAUCGACUCUAAUUCAAAUAACAUAACUGAUGUUCUACUUUACGCUAUUGAUCCUAUUACAAAUGAACUAGCAGAUAGUGAUAUGUUAAUGAAUUUGAUGUUGGAUAACCAGGAUAAAAUUAAUUAUUUCCUUAAACCAUUACAUUUCCUUGGGUUUUCUCGGAUUCCCAAAAAACACGGAGAAGUUUCUGUAGAAAAUUCAUUCAGUCUUUAUACGACUUUUGAACUACUGACUGUAUUAUUCGGAUUUUUAAUUUUCAUGGGAGCUAUUGUAGGUGUAGCGUGUGUUUGUACAGGGCGUAGAAGAGAGAAAAAAAAAAAAAUAUUGUCGUAUGGUAAUUUUGGUUUUCACGAAGGAUAUCCGUUCACUUUAAGUGAUGGUAGCAUAGCUAGGCUUUCAACUUGUGAGCCUAGAUCAUUAAAUAAUCCAACAUCGUUUGUAGAAGGAUCAAUUUUAUACGGUGGAGCUGUUAUAAAUCCUAAAAAUCUUAGACGAGGUGUUCGAUGUAAUCAGACCAGAUCACUUGUACCAACAGAAUGCUCAAAUAUAAACCGGCGAUCUUUAUGUCAAUCAAAAAAAGAACCAGAAAAUUAUACCACUGACAUUUGUUCAUGUAGUAGUGCUACUGGUAGCACCGGUACUGCUAGUAUAACUAGAUCUUUUGUUUUAAAAUCCAAUGAAAAUUUUGAAGACUCAUUACGAUCCAUACCAGACAAUAGCUGCCACCGACGCCAUCAUUGUUGUAAUAUUGAUGAUUGUGACAACCCACCCGCAGAUAACAUUAAUAUUUGCAAAUGCCCUACGACACUUCUGUGAUUAACUGCUCAUAAAUACUCUUAUUGUUGUCUAUAUGUAUAAUAAUUUAUUUAAAGAAUUUUUAUAAAAAUAAAAAAUGUAUUUAUAUAAAA